AGUCCAUUCGCUCCAUUCCGUUCUUCCAUUUUCUUUCUUCCACAGAGUUACAGAGAGAGAGAGAGAGAGAGAGAGAGAGAGAGAGAGAGAGAGAGAGCUUCGUUCACAAUGGGAGUCUCCUUCCUCUCGUCCCUGACUUCCUUUCCUACUCUCGUUCCUCCUCAAUCCGCCCUCUCCUCCGCCACUGCAUUUUCUCCUCCUUCGCACAUUGUCAGAGUUCGUUGUGCUCAGAUCAAAACGGAUGCUAACAAUGAGGAUCGGCAGUUUAGUAGAAGAGAUGUUCUUCAAGGUUUUGGUGGUACUCUUGCCCUGGGAUUAAUGGUGAACUCUGACCUAAUGGUGGAGCCGGCUUAUGCUGCUGAUUUAAUACAGCGCAGACAGCGAUCUGAAUUUUUAUCAAGUAUCAAGGGGACCUUUUAUACGGCUAUUAAGAAAAGUCCGGACAUUGUACCCUCGCUUUUAACAUUGGCACUAAAUGAUGCUGUGACUUAUGACAAGGCUACUAAAUCUGGAGGGCCAAAUGGAUCCAUCCGCUUCAGUUCAGAGAUUUCCAGACCUGAAAAUGAGAAUCUUUCUGCUGCCCUGAGUUUAUUAGAAGAAGCCAAGAAGGAGAUAGAUUCAUACUCAAAGGGUGGACCCAUUUCCUACGCAGAUCUUAUUCAAUUCGCAGCACAAAGUGCCGUUAAAUCCACCUUUCUAGCUGCUGCCAUCAGAAAAUGUGGCGGGAAUGAAGAAAAGGGAAAUUUGUUAUAUACUGCGUAUGGUUCCAACGGGCAGUGGGGCUUGUUCGAUAGGCAAUUUGGAAGAUCAGAUGCUGAAGCGCCUGAUCCAGAGGGAAGGGUUCCCAUCUGGGGGAAAGCUAGCGUGCAGGAAAUGAAAGAAAAGUUCUCUGCUAUUGGAUUUGGUCCACGACAGCUAGCUGUGCUGUCUGCAUUUUUGGGUCCUGAUCAGGCAGCAACCGAAGAAUUUUUAGCCUCAGAUCCAGAUGUUCUUCCAUGGGUUCAAAAAUAUCAACGAAGCCGUGAAACAGUAUCUCAGACUGAUUAUGAGGUCGAUCUAAUAACUACUUUGACAAAGAUAAGUAGCUUGGGACAGCAGAUAAAUUACGAAGCUUACACCUACCCAGUUAAGAAAGUUGAUUUGAGCAAACUCAAGUUAUAGUGAGUUUUGAACGGAUGUUAUACUCUUAAGGAUUUGGUCCACAACAGGUAUGUUCUCUACUUAGCGAAGUCCAUUUUAAUAGCAUGUCUUUGAGACCAAGGUCGCCCUGGUUUUUCGAGUUCAAGAUAGAAUUAUCAAUUUUUAAGAUGGUAAUUAGUAUUUUUUAAUAGA